AUGCCCCAAAGAAAGGCUAAAGGGGAUGUUAAAGGAGAUAAAGCCAAGGUGAAGGAUGAACCACAGAGAAGAUCUGCAAGGUUAUCUGCUAAACCUGCUCUUCCAAAGCCAGAGCCCAAGCCUAAAAAGACCUCUGCAAAGAAGGGAGAGAAGGUACCUAAAGGGAAAAAGGGGAAAGCUGAUGCUGGCAAGGAGGGGAAUAACCCUGCAGAAAAUGGAGAUGCUAAAACAAACUAG